UUAGAACUCAUUAUUUGAGAGGGAAAUAGUCAGUAGGUCCAAAGUGUAACUCUGUCUAUCUACAACUCAAAUAAAGUUAUUCUGUGUAUACCUGAUCUGCAGUUUGGGCACCGAUCAUGUCUCGUAUAAAAAACGCAACACCAGAGCAUUACUUUGAGGAAUACCUUUACAAGAAGGAUGUAAACGAUAAGGUUUAUAAGAAGACUUGGGUCGGGCUCCUUGGGAAUUGUCUUUGCUUCUACUCGAACCAUAAGGAUUUAAGGCGCGUGGACAGUCUCAGUUUGGAGAACUUUAUAUGUUUUAAGGAGCCGACUACUUUGCCUUCCGAAUACCUCUUCUCAUUAUGCAUGACAGGUCGGGAGGUACAGUUCAAGACAGACUCCUUGGAGAGUCGGGAGAUGUGGCGGGCUUAUAUCAUCACCGUGGCGGAGCUUAAUAUUCCUCAGUCUGUGACUCUGCUCCCAGGACCCCUUCUUUCCCUAAGGGAAGCUCUUGAGAAGGAAAAGCUGAGAAGGUCACAGGAAGAUGUAGAGGAGAUGCCCAGCUGUUUUCAUAAUGUGUCACGGUCCGAAGCAGAGACCCUACUGAAGCAAUUUCCAGAGUGCGGAAGCCUGUUACUGCGCCCCGGAGGAAGUCCACAAACUGUUUCUGUUACCACUUGCCAGCGGAAUGUUGGAACCUUUGUCUUGAAACAUUAUAGAGUCACUCAGGAGCAAAACAAAUAUGUGAUCCAAGUGGAGCCACCGGUUACUUGUCCCACGCUUGCUCAAGUUGUUAAUCAUUUUAAGAAAACAACAAAAAACCUGUUGAUCCCUUUUGAGAAAGCCAAUGAAUAUGAGAACAAAAUUGGAGUUCUUGAAGUAGACGGUGAAGAUGGAGUAGCCACAGUCCGAUAUCCAACAGAAACAUCAGGUACUACUCGGAUAUCGAACAAGUGCAAUGUUCCUCCUCCCCUUCCACGUGAACCCAUACCUCAAGAAACGUAUGAGAAUCCAAAUGAUGGGUAUACAGCACAGGAAAUGAUUAGACAAGCCCCUGAAAUGACCACGAGGAGAGUUCACAUCCCUCUCCAACCUGUCAACAAAUACAAAGGACCUGAAGGGACAAGGCAUGGAGCACCCAGCUUAAACUCAGGAUUUAUCACGAGGGUGAAACGCUGCGUGGUGCCUAAUCAGCGGAAAUCUCUCAGUUUACAAGGAGAGCCACUUUGAAUCAUCCCAUCAAAUUCCCCAAAUGGAGUUCCUCUAUUGAGUGCUCAAUUAAACACAGAGGCUUGUAUAGAGAUGUAGUCAACAUAAAUAAGUAUAUGUAAUAUAUGCGUUUGCAUAAGAUACAUUUAACUUUGUUUUAAAAAAUGAAGUGACUAUUUUCUAUAAGUUACUUUUCAAGGUUACUCCAACCAUGACUACUUCUUCUCUUCUCUUACCGCCCUUUCACCCUUUCACCCACACAGAGGGAAGCCCUCCUACCUCUCAACAGCAUCCGUUAUUUUAUUUUUUUGAACCCCGCCCUGCCUCCCUUUUCC